CUCGACAAGGAGGCGCAGGUCCUGACGAGUGCACUUCAAGAUGCGCGGUGCCACGCAAAGUCGCUGGAGCGGCAACUCGCACAAGCCAACGCGCGCAUUCACGAACUCGAGGCCGCCACGCCCCGCAGCGAAGUCGCCAUCUGCAAGCUCGAAGCCCAGGUCGCCAGCGAGGCCAAAGCCGUGGAGGAACUAAAAACCAAGUACGACGCACUGUUAGCCACGCACCGGGCGCUCCAGACGCAAAUGGUCGAAGAGAAAACGCGGCUCGUACAACAUCAUGCGCUUCAGCAAGGACUUCUCGAAGAGCAGUUGGCCCGUGCCAAGCAAGACGAAAUGGAGCGACUCCAUGAGCGAGUGCGCCAUGCGAUGGAGAUGAAGGCUGCCGUGAUUAGCCAGCUCGAAGCAGCGGUGCUGGAGGCAGAGAAUCGCGCUGCGCUGGCCGAGCACGCACUCAAUCAAAUCCACACGGAAAUGAUGACCAGCUCGCGGUGCGACGUCCUCGAAGCCUUUCCCAUCGAUGCAUGA